GGGUGAGUGCAGAAAGCCAGAAGCAACAGAGGCACUAGAGGGUCAGAUGCAGGAGACAGCAGGUAAGGGUCUGGGGCUACACUUGAAUUUGCUGGGGAACAUUGGGCAGAGGCUGUGCUGAGAUCACUACAGUCAAAGAGCCUGUGGCCUGGGCAGGAGACACAGGUCCACUGAUGACCAAGGAACAAAGGUGCCAUCCCUGAGGCUAGGCAUCCUCCAGAGACCACCAGAAGGGAGGCGUGACCACAAAGAAACCCAGGGAGUCUCCCAAGAACUGAUGGCGAGGACAAGGGACCCUAAGACCUCCAGUACCACAAGCUGGCCAUGCUGACCUUCUCCUCAGUGUCCUCUGGAACUGUUCUUGGAACUUUCUUUCUCCUGGUCACCGCUCUGAAUGCUCAGAAUGGAAACUGGGACAACCCCACCUGCACCGAGGGCACUAUUUUCGUGUCCAGGGGCAAGCACGCCAUGAUGGCCUGCAAUAUCUCCAACACCUUCACCCACAUCACCAUCCAGCUGAGUGCCCAGGGAAAGAAAAAGACCAUCUUCAGCGAGGAUGGCCCAGGGCACUUCUCUCGGGAUGGGUGGCAGCUCCAGGUUCAAGGAGGCCAGGCACAGCUGGUGAUCGAAGCCGCCCAGGACAGCCAUGCAGGGCAGUAUCUGUGGCGUCUUCACGGACUCCAGGCAUGUAACAAGAUCACCACCCUGAAUGUUUCAGAGUCCCAAGACCAGGAGGAGUUAUCUGGUCCAAGACAGGCCGUGGUUUCCAAGGGACCAAAGCCACUGCCCUUGGGGUCGGAGGCCAGCUUCUGGUCCCUGGUGAGAGCUGUGGUCACUGGUGUCUUCUCCAUUCUGGUGGUGGGUACCCUCAACUAGCACUGGUGCUGCCGUUCACAGAGGCUUGAGCAGAUACUAAUGGAGCCAUGACCACCUCCCUGGCAGAGGAAAGAAGGACCCUGUCGGUGUUUGUUGGACACAGAGGGCCCUGCACCAUAUGACCGAAUGGAGUGGUGUGUACAGAGGCUGAGGACAGCGGCUCACUCUGGAAGAGCCCGAGAAGCUGGUCAGUGUCCUGUGCCUCUCUGGAUCAUUACACAAGGACAGGAAGCACUCUCAGCCCCCUGUGGUCUUCAGUUGCUCUCUCAGUUCCCUUACCUCUUCCCACAAAUGACAAAAUCUCAAGUUGCACAACCCUUGACCCUGACCUUGACUCUGUCCCAAUCCUCUUACAAGGGGCGCCUGGGCUCCUUUCCUUGUGCUUAGACCCCUAGGCCCAGGGCUUCUCUUCUCUCUCUGAAGGUCUCCAGUGCCAGCCAAGAGGGACAACAGCCCAGCUUUGCCUUAGGUGGACCUUGCACACACAUUUGUCUUUUGACAGAGAAGAGUAGCACGUUUGGGGACCCCAGCCAGGGUUCCAAGGGCCAGGAUGGCGAGAAAAGAGGUCUGAGAUAAUGGGUCAUACCCCUCUCUGACCACCAGGGGGAGAGUGGGUCCUCUGUAUGGGGACAGGUGCCUGCUGGGGGACCAACUGUGAAGACUCCGCCCCACUCUGCGCUCAUCCAUCCCAACCCGAUGUUCCUCUUGGGCCCAGAGUGUUUACAUUUGUCUUUUCUACUACAAUGUAAUUUCAGUGUUUUCUUCUACACAUGCCUGAAAAAAGGAAGUUUUUCUAGACAUGCCACUUUCAGUGCUUUAGAAAAACCUCCAUUAUGCUAA